AUGCCUGGAUCUGUUUUUCUCAUCGGUCCCGGCUACAUCGGGGGCGAAAUCCUCGACCAUCUCCUCAAACAGCAGUACAGUGUCACCACCCUCGUGCGUCGAGAGGCGGCGGCCGAGGAUUUUGCCAAAAUGGGCGUCCAGACCGUACUUGGCACGCUGGAUGACAACGCAGUCAUGACCCAGCAGGUCGCGGUGAGCGACAUUGUCAUACACACAGCCACGGCCGACCACCUACCCUCGGUCAAAGCAGUGCUGGAGGGCAUCCGCCAGCGCGCCGCGCAGGGCCAGAAAACGAUCUACAUUCACACCAGUGGUGCGAGCCUGUGUGGUGACGAUGCGGCGGGUAAUUACGCAAGCGAGGUCAUCUUCGACGAUGCGGACCCGGCGCAGAUCGACGCCCUGCCGGACACGGCGCCCCAUCGCCUGAUGGACCUGGCCAUCGUGCACGCGAGCACCACUGCGGAGUUUGAGUCGCACGCCAAGAUUGCAAUCAUGAUUCCUCCCAUCGUCUAUGGUGUCAACACCCGCGAGAAGCGCCUAUCCAUCCAGCUGCCAACCCUGGCACGCUUCGCCCUCAAGCACGGCUACCCUGGCCAGGUCGGCGCCGGUCUCACCAUUUGGAAUACCGUACAUGUCGCGGACCUGGCGCGCGGCUACAUGACUCUUCUUCACUGGCUGGAGCAGGCCCCCGCCAGCGAGAUUCGGGCCAACCCGUACUUCUUCUGCAACAACGGGGACGCCAAUAGUGUUUCCUGGGGCGCCUGUGUCGCUGAGAUCGGCCGCGUCCUGCACCAGGCCGGCCGUAUCACUGACCCCACGCCCAAGACCAUUCCGCGUGAGGAUUUCGGCGAUCUCUUCGCUGACUACACCCCCCACGUUGUUGGGUCCAACUCUCGAAAUCGGUCCACCCGCCUGCAGCGGCUAGGAUGGGCCCCCAUAGAGAAGGAUGUCUUCAAGUCGCUAGAGGAAGAUGAGUUGCCGAUCAUCAUGAAGGAAACAGGUGUUUUCAGUGGCUACGCGAAGCCUGUGGUAUCGUAA